AUGGGGGGUGUCAAGAGUAAGCCGAAGGAACCGGGCCAGCGCUCCAUGAGCGUGGACGGCACCAUCAGCACGGGCUCUGACAGCGGACACUUCCACCACCUGGGCCCCGCCCAGCAGACCCAAACUCCGAACAGGAGCCCUGCGGUAGGCACGGGACGGCGGUGCUAUCAGGGGUAUCAGCACGCCCCCGCCAACACUCCCGAGCUAGCGCUUUUUGGAGGAGUGGACCGCACUGGCGCGGUCACCUCACCUCAGAGAGGACCUUUAUCAGGAGGUGUCACUACUUUCGUGGCGCUGUAUGACUAUGAAUCACGGACAGCAUCUGAUCUGACCUUUCGGAAAGGCGACAGGCUGCAGAUUGUCAACAACACGGAAGGCGACUGGUGGCUGGCUCGCUCCCUGACGACUGGAGAAAGCGGUUACAUCCCCAGCAACUACGUGGCGCCGUCAGACUCCAUUCAAGCCGAAGAGUGGUAUUUUGGGAAGAUCACUCGGCGGGAUUCGGAACGGAUCCUUUUGAAUUUACAAAACAGGCGAGGUACCUUCCUGGUGAGGGAGAGCGAGACGACGAAAGGAGCUUACUGCCUUUCAGUGUUGGAUUAUGACAACACCAAAGGCCUGAAUGUGAAACAUUACAAAAUCAGGAAGCUGGACAGCGGCGGCUUUUACAUCACGUCGCGCACACAGUUCACCAGCCUGCAGCAACUCGUCUUCCAUUAUCGUAAGCACUCCGAUGGGCUAUGCCACGCCCUGACCGACGUGUGCCCAGUGGCUAAGCCUCAGACGCAGGGACUGGCUCGAGAUGCCUGGGAGAUCCCUCGAGAGUCCCUCCGUCUCGACCUGAAACUUGGUCAGGGCUGCUUUGGAGAGGUUUGGAUGGGCACGUGGAACGGUACGACGCGGGUGGCUAUCAAGACCCUAAAACCAGGCACCAUGUCGCCAGAGGCCUUCCUGCAGGAAGCUCAGGUCAUGAAGAAGCUCCGGCACGAGAAGCUCGUCCAACUCUACGCCGUGGUGUCCGAAGAACCCAUCUACAUUGUCACGGAGUACAUGAGCCAAGGCAGUCUACUGGACUUCCUUAAAGGAGAAGCGGGCAAAAUGCUUCGACUGCCUCAGUUGGUGGACAUGGCAGCUCAGAUCGCAGCAGGGAUGGCGUACGUGGAAAGGAUGAACUACGUGCACCGAGAUCUGCGCGCUGCCAACAUCCUGGUGGGAGACAACCUGGUGUGCAAGGUGGCCGAUUUUGGCCUUGCCAGACUCAUUGAAGACAAUGAGUACACUGCCAGACAGGGAGCAAAAUUUCCUAUCAAGUGGACGGCUCCUGAAGCAGCUCUUUACGGGCGUUUCACCAUCAAGUCAGACGUGUGGUCCUUCGGGGUUCUUCUUACAGAACUAGCAACCAAAGGCCGAGUACCUUAUCCAGGCAUGGUGAACCGCGAGGUCCUGGACCAAGUGGAGCGCGGCUACCGGAUGCCAUGUCCGUCCGAGUGUCCCGGUUCCCUGCACGAGCUCAUGCUGUCCUGCUGGCGGAAGGACCCAGAAGAGAGGCCCACUUUUGAGUACCUGCAGGGCUUUUUGGAGGACUACUUCACCUCCACGGAACCUCAGUACCAACCAGGGGAGAACCUAUAG